CCACCCCGCGACACCUCGACACCCACACCCAACAGUAACAGUAACAACAGCUCGGAUGGCCCGCAUCUUCUGCAUCCCCGGUAUAAUCUUCCUCCUCCUCGCCCUCGUCCUCUCCAUCCUAGUCACAAUCUCACUCCCCUCCCUACACCCCUUCGACAUCACCCGUGUCACGUUCCUCUCCGGGCUCGGCACCAUCUCCGGAACACCGGACAACGUCUCCGGCCAGUUUAGGUUCGGCAUAUGGGGUUAUUGUUAUCAGACGAGCACGACCAGCGGGUUUGACUGUGUCCAUACCGGACAUGGGUAUGCCGUCACCGUGGCUAACCAGCAGGGGGGGACGGAGACGGUAGGAACGAGCUGGACAAGAGGGCUUGCAGUGCAUGCCGUCGCGUGUGUCGUUACUGGGAUCGCGUUCCUCUUGUCCUUCAGCGAGCAUGUUACUGUCACUCUCGUCUCCUCUCUAACAGCUUUCCUCGCCGCUCUCCUAACACUCAUCGCCUUCGCCUGCGACAUCGCCCUUCUAACAUGGACGCAGCACCAGAUGUCCCAACUCAACAUCAGCGAGCACACUUCUCCCGGACCGGGGUUCUGGAUGACCCUGGUCACGUUUAUCCUCCUUCUGUUUGCGGGAUGUACGGUCUGUUUUGGACAUAGGCGCGAGAGGUACGUGAAGGGUGGAGCUGGGGGGGAGUAUGCGAUGGGAGGCGCGCCGUGGUGGAGGAGGCAGCAGGCGAAGGUUCGCCCGGCGGCGGUAUGAAGCACUGGACUAUGGUCAGCAGAGUCGACCACGAACUGCCUGCUUGGUGAGGAGGCUAGGCCAUACAUACACGUCUUUCUCUCUUUUUCUAAUGUGUUCGUGUUACGUCCCCCUUUACUCAAGGGAUGACAAUCGCUACGUCUACAUCUACGUCUACGCUAAUAGUCAAACUGUUAUUACGCG